CUGAGAUCCUCGUAAGCAAAGAGAGCCUACAGAAGUGAGCAGCUACCGCAAAACCCUAAUUAUAAGGAGUGUGAAGGAAACAAAAGCUCGGCGAUUUUUGCUUGUUAUUUGCGAGGAAGAAGAAACAAGAUGAGGCCGAUUUUGAUGAAAGGCCACGAAAGGCCAUUGACGUUUCUCAAGUACAAUAGAGACGGCGAUCUUUUGUUUUCGUGCGCCAAGGACCACACGCCCACCGUUUGGUUUGCCGACAACGGCGAGCGUCUUGGCACUUACCGCGGCCACAACGGCGCUGUUUGGUCUUGCGAUGUCUCGAGGGAUUCGACGAGGCUUAUUAGUGGAAGUGCUGAUCAAACGGCGAAGCUGUGGAACGUUCAGACGGGGACUCAAUUGUUUACAUUUAAUUUUGAUUCGCCGGCGAGGUCGGUGGAUUUCGCCGUUGGGGAUAAGCUUGCUGUGAUUACUACGGAUCCUUUCAUGGAAUUGACUUCUGCCAUUCAUGUUAAACGCAUUGCUAGAGACCCAACUGAACAGACUGGGGAAUCGGUGCUUGUCAUGAAGGGCCCUCAAGGAAGAAUUAACAGAGCUAUUUGGGGGCCCCUCAAUAGGACUAUCAUCAGUGCUGGAGAAGAUGCUGUGAUUCGUAUAUGGGAUUCUGAGACUGGAAAACUGCUUAUGGAGGCUGACAAGGAAUCUGGCCACAAAAAGGCAAUAACAUCACUUGCAAAAUCUGCAGAUGGUUCACACUUCCUUACUGGUUCCCUGGAUAAAUCUGCCAAGCUAUGGGACAUGAGAACAUUGACGCUUAUCAAGACCUAUGUUACAGAACGCCCAGUCAAUGCAGUUGCAUUGUCCCCACUUCUUGACCAUGUGGUGCUUGGAGGUGGUCAGGAUGCAUCAGCUGUCACAACCACUGAUCAUCGUGCCGGGAAGUUUGAAGCUAAAUUCUAUGACAAGAUACUUCAAGAAGAAAUUGGAGGCGUAAAAGGGCAUUUUGGGCCUAUCAAUGCUUUAGCAUUUAACCCAGAUGGGAAGAGUUUCUCAAGCGGUGGAGAGGAUGGUUACGUACGAUUACACCAUUUUGACCCAGAUUACUUCAACAUCAAAAUUUAAUUUGGAGCAGUUCACUUCACUGAUAUAGCUUGUCCCAACAAGAAAAUCGAAAAGGUAGUCUUGGAGUAUAUAUGGCAAGGAGCUUCCUGUUUGAUUUUGUUGAGUAAUGCAAAUGCGAUAAACUACAUUUGGUAUUUGACUGCAAAGGGAUUAGAAAUUUGUAGAAGAUCCUAUUUGUAUGACUAUAACCAGCUUUCUUCUCGUGCUCAUUUUAUGAAAUGUAGCAAUUUUGAGCUUUAUGAAUUUUGUUAUAUUUUCAAGAUUAUCAUUUUAUUUCACCUUA